UCAAGAUUGAGUCUUUUUGAGUAAAGAAAAGAUAAAAUGGCAUCAAUGUUGCUUAGUCGACAGCUGACCUGUUGCCUGCAGCAAAACUCCAGGCUGCUUAUAUGUGGACACAGAUAUAUCAGUCAAGCUGCAGCUAAAAUUGAUGUGGAUUUUGAUUAUGAUGGACCCCUAAUGAAGACAGAAGUUCCUGGACCACGAUCUAGAGAAUUAAUGAAGCAGCUGAAUGGAAUUCAGAAUGCAGAAGCUGUACACUUUUUUUGCAAUUACGAAGAGAGCCGAGGGAACUACCUAGUAGAUGUAGAUGGCAAUCGCAUGCUGGAUCUCUACUCUCAGAUUUCAUCCAUCCCAAUAGGUAGGAGACAGUU